AUGCUUGGCACGGUGACGACCUGUGUGCAACAGCAAGAACACCAAACUUUCUUCUCUCUCUUCCAUCACUUUGCCUUCCAAGCAUUUCUCCCUUCAUCCCCACGAAACAUCUCUCCAUCCCCCCUUGGGUCUAUCAACUUGAUCCACAGUCAUAACGUCCACCAGCUCUUCUAUCAACCUGCUAUCCUGAGUUGGACCUCAACAAAGCAAGGAUCCGAGUUACUUCUACACCCGUCUUUCUUUUGCACCGACCGCUAG